CGUGCCCACCUUUACAAGGCGAUCGCCUGCGUCGUCCUCGCGCUUAUUGCCAUUCAGUAUUUACUUAGUGGCGUGAUCGAUCGCCGUUCCAUAGAGACGAUUUUCACCAUUAAUGCCACCAGAUACGCGGAUCGUUCCUACAGACAUCAUCCACGGGGAUUGAUCAUAUACGGGCCUGUAACGGUGUCGAGCAUACUGGGUAACAACAAUGCCACCCUGCUUUGGGGUGGUAAGGAUAAUUCCAACUUCUCCAAGCUGGAUGCUGACGAUUCCAUUCGAAACACGUACUUCGUUGGAAGUUCCCAAGAAUCUUUGACCGCAAAUUCGACAAACAAUACCGUGAUACCGCGAUGUCCGCUUGUCUCGCCGCAUCUCAUUGGCCCAUUGACUGUUAGCAAAUCACCCCCGGAGUUGGAGGUGAUGGAGAAGACGUUCACUGAAGUGAAGCCUGGCGGCAAAGGUUGUCCAACAAAUUGCACGGCCAGGCAUCGAGUAGCCAUCAUCAUUCCGUUUCGCGAUCGACCGAAGCAUCUCCAAACUUUGCUCUACAAUCUUCAUCCGAUGCUGCUUCGCCAACAGAUCGAUUAUCAAAUAUUUGUGAUCGAGCAGAAAGGUAGUGACGCUUUCAAUCGCGCGAUGCUCAUGAACGUAGGAUACGUGGAAGCCUUGAAGGAACGACCUUUCGACUGCUUCAUUUUUCACGAUGUCGACCUACUUCCUGAAAAUGAUAGAAAUCUGUACACGUGUCCGGAACAACCGAGGCACAUGUCUGUCGCAGUGGAUAAAUUCAAUUAUAGGUUACCAUAUGCCGAUUUAUUUGGCGGCGUAUCAGCAGUGUCACGCGAACAGUUUCGACUGGUGAACGGAUUCAGCAAUGUAUUCUGGGGUUGGGGUGGCGAGGACGACGACAUGGCGAACCGAAUCAAAGCGCACGGUCUUCAUAUCUCUCGAUAUCCGGCGAAUGUGGCACGGUAUAAAAUGCUUACGCACAAGAAGGAAAGGGCUAAUCCAAAGAGAUACGAGUAUCUAAAAACAGGUAAAAAAAGAUUCGCUACGGAUGGGCUGAGCAAUCUUCAAUACGAGCUGAUCGAUAAACAAAAACCAAAAUUGUAUACGUGGCUCUUGGUGAAGUUGACACCUCCGCAACCUAGCUGAUGGCUAUCUUGGAUCGGAUAACGAACCGAAGAGAUCGAAAUAGCUUAAAAAAACCCUUUCGAUUCUUAACGCGAAAUAUCGUGAUGUAAAAUGAAGGUUUACACUGUACGUAUCGCAUUCGCAACGUUGCAGAGAAUUUUUCAAAGAAAGGAAGAAAAAUAACAUGCAAAAAAAGGAAACAACAUUUUUCCUUCGAGUUCCAAGAACUUGUGAAAAUGUCGAAAGAAGACGGCGUUCCAGCCGCUUUAGGAUACUGACGAGUUGUUUCUCUCGUGAUUUCGUCGAUGACGAACGAGAGAGACGUUGUUACGUGAUAUAUUUUUAUUCCUUGUAUUUUUUUAUCGCAACGAUAGGCUAAAAAUCAUGUAAAACGUAGCAUAUGAGCUAACGUGCCAAAGGAGAGUGAUGCGUGUAUGCAUGUAUCGCGUGUUAUGUGUAUAUGCGUGUAUAUAUGUGUGUAUAUGCUGCGCGUGAUCAAGAGACAAGUAAAAAAAGAAAA